AUGGCUUCCACAAACAAGAUUGAGAAAAAACCAAUCAGUUUCUCCAACAUCCUUUUAGGUGCUGGAUUGAACAUGUCUGAAGUUACCACAUUGGGCCAACCAUUGGAAGUUAUUAAAACCACCAUGGCUGCCAACAGAUCCUUAACCAUGGCCCAAGCUGCCAAGCUUGUGUGGAGUCGUGGUGGUAUCUUAGGGUUCUACCAAGGUUUGAUCCCAUGGGCAUGGAUUGAAGCCAGUACUAAGGGUGCCGUUUUGUUGUUUGUUUCCGCUGAAGGUGAAUACCGAUUCAAGACUUUGGGUUUCAAUUCGUUCGUUAGUGGAAUGGGUGGUGGUAUUGCAGGUGGUUUGGCCCAGGCUUACUUGACAAUGGGAUUCUGUACUUGUAUGAAAACUGUUGAAAUCACUAGAGCUAAACAAGCAGCUGUCAGUGGUGUACCACAACAAACCAGUUUCCAAGUAUUUAAAGACAUCUACAAGAGAGAGGGUAUUAGAGGUAUCAAUAAAGGUGUCAAUGCCGUCGCAAUCCGUCAAAUGACCAACUGGGGUUCUCGUUUUGGAUUUUCAAGAUUGGCCGAAGAUGGUAUUAGAAAAUUGUCAGGAAAGGGGGAGAACCAAAAAUUAUCCAAUGUUGAGAAAAUCGCCAGUAGUGUUGUUGGUGGUGGGUUAAGUGCUUGGAAUCAACCGAUCGAGGUUAUCAGAGUUGAGAUGCAAAGUAAAACCAAUGAUCCAAACAGACCAAAGAACUUGAGCGUCUGGGGUGCCGCUAAAUACAUUUAUCAAAACAACGGUGUCAAAGGAUUAUAUAGAGGUGUCACGCCAAGAAUUGGGUUAGGAGUUUGGCAAACCGUGUUUAUGGUUGCAUUUGGUGAUAUUUUCAAAAAGUUGUUAAACACUGAAGGCACAGGACAUUAA